AUGCCGGUGGCCGAUAUCGAUUAUCGCGAAUACUUUGUGCCUGAGCGGAUCGAAGAUCUCAAAGAGACCUUCGACAGCUUCGACGUCUCUGGGGAUGGCCGGAUUGGAGCGGAUGAGCUCUACGGUAUGUUCAAGAAGCUGGGCAAGAAUCUGACGCGCACUCAAAUCCGCGAAGUCAUGAGGGAGGUGGAUGCUGACGGCAGUGGGGAGAUCGAGUUCGAAGAGCUUUGUAUCCUGGAGAUCAAAAUGGCGCGGCUGCGGCCGCGAGCGGAUCUCAUCCACUACGAGGACUACUUGGCUCCCAGGACCGUCCAGAAGCUGGCAGAUAUGUUCGAUCGGAUCGACGGGGACAGCAAAGGGAGCAUUUCCGUGCUGGACAUGAAGACCCUGUUGGAAGCGCAGAAUUGCAAAGCCACGGAUGACGAAAUGGAUGACGUCAUAGGUGAGGUGGAUCGCCAAGGAGAGUUGGACUUUACUAGCUUUGCGUCGGCUUGGGCGAUCGUCAACAAGCACAGGAAGCGGAUCAAUUACCGCGAGUUUUUAUCCAUGGAGGAUGUGGAUGAGUACAAGAAUGUAUUUGAUGAAGCAACACUAGGUUCCGGGUACAUGGCCAUCACUGAGCUUGAUGCCAUGUUCCGCAAGAUUGGAUUUCCAAUGAAGACCAAGCAGCUGCGCAGCUUGCUGAGGGACUUCGACAUUGACAACUCGGGGGAGAUCGACUUCGAAGAGUUCUGCGUGAUGAUGCUGCGCCUGAAGUGCGCCAAGCAGAACCGCCUCAUCACGCCGGAGACCUACGACUGCCGCAGCUUGUGGCUGGAGGAGGGCUUCUCCGCCAAGGAGCUGCAGAUGUCGGGCUACAGCAUCGAGCACAUGAAGGAGGCGGGCAUCCCAGUUCGCCAGAUCCUCGAGGCGGACGUGAGCGCGCUGGAGCUCAGGAGGUGCGGCUUCUCCGCGGCGGAGCUGCGGAAGGCGGGCCUGGGCGCCAACGAGCUGCGGGCCUGCGGCUACUCCUUGGCGGAGCUGCGGCUCGCGGGCUUCUCCCACUCCGUGCUGACGCAGACCAACAAGGUCCUACGCUCCUACAUCUGCCGCGGCAACUUGUCAGUGCUGCCGCAGAUCUGUCCGAAAUUUGACCCGGCGAGGAUGAAGAAGACGCCAGCUCUGCUCAAGCUCUGGUCUGAGAAAUCCCUGGCUCCGAAGCAGGUGACUCCUCGAAUCAGAGACCACACAGAUUAUCGGCCGAAGGCCAAAGCUUCGAACCGACCUCAUACUUCCUACGAACAACAAAGCAAGGCCUGGGACACGGGGCAGGUGGGACGGCCAUCUACUGCAGCAUGA